AUCUACUGUACUUUACAUUCUUACUUUACUAUAUAAACAUUUCUGAGAUCCAGAGGGACUGGACCUGUGCAAAACCCAUCCGCAAUUCCUGAUUAAAAUUCAGAGCGUCGACACAGUCAACUCCCUCGUACAAUGGCUCCAACAUAUCAAUCCGUUUAUUUGAAUCAGGCUGUCCCCGACACCUCAGGUUCCUUCCAGAUUGUUUCGCCGCCCGGCACUGAUAUCUGGGACAAACCACCAUCAACCCAUUCAUUCAAUGCCCCCAUCAUCUAUCAGACCAUCACUGUCGGUGCCUUCAAGUCAGCAAGGGUCUCAGUGUCCUCCGAUUGGAAGGAUCAAUAUGAUCAAGGCGGUCUCGUCCUCAUCGCCAAAUCAGCCGAUACUACUCGAUGGGUCAAAACUGGGGUAGAGUUUGAGUAUGGAGUACCUAAUAUUAGUACCGUUGCCAAAGAUCAAUGGUCCGAUUGGAGUCUGAGGCCACUUUUAGCCGAGUCCAUCAACGAUGCCACCGUCGAGAUUGAAAUUGUCGAGGAUGGAAGUUUAUGGGUGUGGUUGAUAGGCUCUGAUGGAAAGAAGGCGGCCCUAAGAGAGGUCACGUGGUGGAAAGCCCUUGACCCAUCCACUCAGGUCUGGGUUGGCGUCUAUGUCGCCAAACCUGCGCCCCAAGGACAAAAACACGACUUGACGGUUGACUUCAAGGAUCUCUCGGUCGUGACCCGAUAAAAAGAGGUAUAUUCAGUGCAAGACGAUGUCUGGCUGUCAGCUAGUAAUCAUGUCUCGAGCAUGCUUCCUUCGACGAGCAAAGGAACAGCUGCAUCAGCUGCACAUAGCUUUGCAGAUUAGACUGCCUUUUCAAAAAUGGAUUAUGAAUGUUUUCUAGUAGGGC